CAGGAAUUAAGUUUCUUGUGGUUGACAGUGAGUUAAGCGGCUUGGGAGCUGAGGGAAUAUCAACACGCCCAAAACCAUUGUGCAGCCUUUAAGGACAUAUGACCUGCAAAAGCCUCACUUUCUUAAACACUUGCAGAUUCAAUUAAUUCAUAACUUAAGAGAGAUAUUCUGAACAGCAGGAAAGAACAAAGACACUCGAUACAACAAGAUACUGAAGCACAUUGGAUGCUACAGCACACAGAGUGAGCAACAUGCAACCAAACCCACUUUGGUAUUAAAUUAGAAAUGCUCAAGGAUGGCAGACAUUGAAGAACUACUGGCGUUAUGGAUGCAGCAAAGCCACAGCAUGACAUCCGAAAUUUAAACAGAAGCAACCUGAGGUUAGGUGGGGCCCUUCUUAAGCCAUCAAGGGAAAGGAAGGGAGAGCAAACCAUGUAAGGAACCUUGCUGCAGCCAUCCUUUCAUCCCCUGUCAGGAGUUCAGAGAUGUCAUCUUUUGAAACAAGCAUUGACGUGGUAAUUUGUAAUCCUUCAGGAUUAAGACCACGUACUUCUGAACAAAAGGCUCUGCUGGAGAUCAUCACUUAAUCUGUGGUUGAGUCCAUAUUGCGGAUCUGUGAAGAAACUUGGCCUGAUCCUGCCGUUGGUAUGAAAUAACACCUCACCCCAGGAAAUGGAAGCUACCUUUAGACUGGAGCAAGAAAACAAAUCCCUCUUAAAACCUUUCCAUGGAUUUCCAUGAGCAAGUGCCAUGCUGCUCUUAUGUGUCAAAAUUUUAAGAUCUGAAAAAUAACAUGCUGCCUUUGUGGGAUCAAGAGAAACAAGUGGUGAGAAGACAAUUGGUUCAUUCUGUUGAUUAGAAGAGCUUCAGGAACAAUGCCUUCAAAAGUCUCGUGUUUGUAUGUCCUGACAGUUGUGUGUUGGGCAAGUGCUUUGUGGUACUUAAGCAUAACACGUCCCACUUCCUCCUACACUUCAUCUUACACUGUUCACAAAACUUAUGACAGCAUCUCAAUGGCUCGAAAAAAUGUUUCCUUUGGGAACAUAAGGACUCGACCAAUAAACCCUCAUUCAUUUGAUUUUCUCAUAAAUGAGCCAGAGAAGUGUGAGAAAAAUGCCCCCUUUUUGGUUAUUCUAAUCAGCACAACACACAAAGAGUUUGAUGCUAGGCAAGCCAUCCGAGAGACAUGGGGAGAUGAGAACAACUUCAAAGGCAUUAAGAUUUCCACUCUUUUUCUUCUGGGGAAAAACACAGACUCUGUGUUAAACCAGAUGGUUGAGCAAGAAAGUCAAAUUUUUCAUGACAUCAUUGUAGAAGAUUUCAUUGACUCAUAUCAUAACCUGACCCUGAAAACGUUAAUGGGAAUGAAGUGGGUGGCCACAUUUUGUUCAAAAGCCAAGUACGUCAUGAAAACAGACAGUGACAUUUUUGUAAAUAUGGACAACCUUAUUUACAAGUUGCUAAAACCUAACACCAAACCAAGACGAAGGUAUUUUACUGGCUAUGUCAUCAACGGAGGCCCCAUCAGGGACGUCCGUAGCAAAUGGUAUAUGCCUAGGGACUUGUAUCCUGACAGCAACUAUCCACCAUUUUGCUCAGGCACGGGCUAUAUUUUUUCUGCCGAUGUAGCAGAGAUGAUUUACAAAACUUCCCUCCAUACUAGACUUCUUCAUCUUGAGGACGUGUAUGUGGGACUCUGUCUGCGGAAGCUUGGCAUCCACCCUUUCCAAAACAGCGGCUUUAAUCACUGGAAGAUGGCCUACAGCCUGUGUAGAUAUCGACGUGUUAUUACAGUACAUCAGAUAUCCCCUGAGGAAAUGCACAGGAUUUGGAAUGAUAUGUCAAGCAAGAAGCAUCUCAGAUGUUAGGACUUUUUUCAGAUGUAAAUACUUUGGUUCUUGUUAUAUGAGUAGAGAGCAAACAGACAAUGGGAUAUUCACUUCUAGGAGGGAAAAUCUUAAUAAUAUUUUGGUUGGCUGAUCUUCCCAGAUAUAACUUCUGGCUUACAGACUGCAGGUUCUAAUCAUAACGGUCUCGUUCACAUCAGUCAAACCAAACAAAAGAGACAUCUGUCUUGUCCAGUCUGUCAAGCAUAUGCAUAAGACGAGUGACAAGCAAAAGACAAAAAUUAAUUCCCAGUAGGUCUUCAAAAAGAAACCAUUCUCUAAGGCAAUGGUGGGCCAUUUGUUAUAAAGAAAAUUCAUCCUCACUGAAAUUAAUUUAAAAAUGCAAACUGAAAUGGUGCCAUGAAGGGCUUCUAUUCCAAAUUAGAUGACACUCUCUCAUCAAAGUCCAGUUGUCAGUAUACAGUUAUUGCUAGGACAGGAUUCAGAAUGCAUCUUGUGCAGAUUUCUGUCCAUGCAUCGUCCCUUCCAGUUACCUAACCAUUUUUCCCUGAAUUCAGAUGUGAGCAGCACCUGAAGUAAUAAGUGGGCCAUAGCUAAAAGCAAUCCAUUUAAAAACCACUAUUUUAUAAAUAGAAGCGUUCAGGUAUUUGAACACAUGUAGCCCUUUGGAUCCUCAUCUCCUCAUUUAAAAAUCCUAUUACCACGUAGCCAGAAGUAAGCCCUACUGAAAUCAACUGGACCCGCUUUGGUUAGAUGUAAAUAGUAUGACAAACCAGCAGCCCCUGGAACAGUGCCAGUGACCAAAGGGGAUGUCCAGUUCUCCCCAGUAAGAUGGGAGAGAAAUUGGCUUCAGAAUAGGAAACCUGAGGUUCGAUCCUUCCUACUGUAUGUUGUGCAGUAAAUAACAUCCAAGACCAGCUGAUCUGGCAUCAAAACUUUAAUGUUAGAAAGGUUUUAAAAAGGAGGUUAAAGAGAGUUUGGCCAUGGGGUGAAGCAAGGAACCAUAGAACCCCAACCCUUGACCAUGCCUCCAUCCUGUGGAAGAGGGAAUCUAAAAAUAUGUUGAUACAAACAUCUCUCUAUCCUUCUGCUUUGCCCGUCUGCUAGGAGCAGAGCAUGGAGAUCACAGACGGUUCAAAGUUAGUUAGGCUACCAUUCCUGAUCAGACUGUUCUGUCCAAAUUUAAAAUAUUCCCUAGAAUGUAACAAUGUUCAAUUUUAUUUAUUGUAACAAUCUUGCCAAAUGCAAGCUCCACUCCUUGCCACAUACAAACUAAGGUUCAAAAGGUAUUGGUAAUAAUGUCAUGUAGUGAUGAGGGGGGUAAGAUGCUACAAAAUGCAAAUCUUACGUGUGUAAAAAUGGGAAAAUUGCUAAAUGGUGUCACUUCCCUUUUAGCAAAUGAAAUAUUUGUUUUUAAUGUUGUUUACUAAUCAAAAAUCAACUGUGCCAUAUUAUUUGCAGGAACAGUGUUAAAAAUCAGUAUAAAUGCCACAUAACUAAGGAAGAAAUUAACAUUGCUAUGAUGUAAGCAAAAUGCUAAUAAACAGAAUCUGUAAUUACUGGGAUUCGAAGAUAAGAAAGUU